AUGUCGAACAACGGUGUUGAUAAUAACAUGAAUAAGACUGAUAAGAAUAAUAAAUUAGAUAUACCAUAUGUACAUAGGGAUAUUGAGAAGGGUACCCGUGGAGGGAGUUCUGGUAUAUCCUGGGCCAAGGUCUUCGUUAUGGUUGUGGCGCUGGCUGUGCUGGCCGCAGCAUGUGCUGUAACAAUUGUGUUUGUGGACUGGCAGACUGGUCUCAUAGUGCUGGCUGUGUUCGUACCAGUAUAUGUGAUUUUAUAUUUCUGGCGGUUCCUAUAUAUUGUUGUGAAAACUGGGCCAAGGGAUAUGAGGGCAUUAUAUUGCUAUGUUAAAAUAUUGAGGCUCACGAAUAAUUUCUCAAAAAGAGAUUGGACGAUGCCGGAUAUCUUUCACGAGAAUGUCAAGAGACAUCCGAACAAACCGUGCUUCUUGUUCGAAGACGAGACGUGGACUUUCAAACAGGUUGAAGAUUUCAGUCUUCGCGUAUCAGCUGUUCUGAAAGCGCAAGGUGUUAAAAAGGGUGAUACAGUUGGUGUGAUGGCCAGUAAUUAUCCCGAAAUGCCUUCAAUUUGGCUUGGGACCGCCAGGAUUGGUGGUGUUUCACCACUUAUUAACACCAAUCAAACAGGAAACACACUACUACAUUCGAUAAAUGUAGCAAAAUGCGAUGUUCUUAUAUAUGGAAGUGAAUUUGAAACUGCGAUACAAGAAGUCAAAAAGGAGCUCAAUUCAUCACUACGUUUACUUAAAUUCACCCGUCGACCACUGAACACAAAUGACAGUUCCAAAAUGGCCGAAUCUGAUAAUGAUUUUACGCAUAUGUUGGAGACGACAGCACCUGCGACCUGGAGCAAGGCCGAUAGUGAUGGAUUUAAUGGUCGACUGCUCUAUAUAUACACAUCUGGAACGACGGGUCUGCCUAAGGCUGCUGUUAUUUCGCCUUCAAGAAUGUGCUUCAUGGCAUCCGGUGUACAUUUCCUCGGAAGCCUGAACAAGAAUGACGUCAUAUACUGUCCCAUGCCCCUAUACCACUCCGCUGGAGGAGUGAUAACUGUCGGCCAGGCCUUUAUCUUUGGAUGCACUGUUGCAUUGAGGAUGAAAUUCUCAGCCACUUCCUAUUUCCCAGACUGCAUUAAGUAUAAAGCUACUGCUGCACAUUACAUAGGCGAAAUGUGUCGCUACAUAUUAGCAACGCCAUCAGCGGCAACCGACAGACAACACAAAGUCCGCACUGUGUAUGGAAACGGAAUGCGACCAACGGUUUGGAAUGAGUUUAUAAAUCGUUUUGGAAUCAAAAAGGUCGUGGAAUUCUACGGCGCCACAGAAGGAAAUGCUAACAUAUUAAACAUCGAUAAUAAGCCAGGUGCAAUAGGUUUCGUAUCCCGAAUCAUUCCUGCAGUGUAUCCUAUAGCUAUUAUAAAGGUUGACGAAGAAGGAGAGCCGAUAAGGGAUUCAAAGGGACUUUGUCAGGUCGCCAAAGCAAAUGAACCGGGCGUCUUUAUAGGUAAAAUAAAGCCUAAUAAUCCAUCAAGGGCUUUCCUGGGUUAUGUGAGCAAAGAGGACUCAGACAAGAAGAUAGUUAGGAAUGUAUUCAAUCACGGCGACUCAGCGUUUAUAUCAGGAGACAUAUUAAUAUCGGAUGAACUCGGUUAUCUUUACUUCCGGGAUCGCACGGGCGACACCUUCCGGUGGCGUGGAGAAAAUGUCAGUACCACAGAAGUGGAGGCUGCUAUAUCCAGGGUUGCUGACCAGAGAGACGCUGUUGUAUAUGGAGUAGAGAUUCCUAGUAACGAGGGUAGAGCGGGCAUGUGCGGUAUAGUUGACAGUGACGGAUCCUUGGAUUUGGAGAAACUCGCUAAAGAUAUGGCAAAGGAUUUGCCGAAAUACGCCAGGCCAGUUUUCUUACGAGUAAUGAAAUCAUUGGAUAUGACUGCUACUUUCAAAAUUAGGAAGGUGGACUUACAAAAGGAAGGCUACAAUCAUUCAAUUAUAACAGACAAACUUUACUACUUCGACCCAAAACAAAAUAAAUACGUAAGUUUAGGACCGGAAGAGUAUGAAAAAAUUAUUUCCGGACAAAUAAGACUGUAA